AUGGCUGAUCAUAUUGAUGAUGAAGAUGCACUAAUCUUGGAUGAAGAACACCAGGCGUUCAUUCUCCAAGAUAUGGAAGCUGGAGUAUCUGAAGUUAUAAUUGAACCCACAGGUGCAACAGAUUCCACGCCAGGUCCAGAUAAAACUCCUGGCCCUUCAUCAUCUCCUGAUUCGCCUUUGAGUGGUGCAGUACCGGACUUCAAGUGGAAGAAGAACACUUAUCAGCCUUCCCUAUUUUCUGAGACUGAUUAUGACUUUGGCAAGGUAAACAUACUGCAACAGUCAGAAUCUCUGAAACCCAUAGAUGUUUUUGAGGCAACUACGAAUAUCAAGGCGUUGUUCAAGAAAUUACAUUAG